AUGCGAUAGAUUGGUAGUGGGUAACCUGGUAGUGUGUGCAAGUGUAGUCAUGGCUGUCUGACAAAACAUUCGAAAUAACAAGAAUUAAUGUAGUAGUUGGUUAUUAAAGCUAUCAUGUCGCGUUUCUUAUGCAGCGCAACACUAUUCUGAUUUAAAUUCUGAAGAGUUUAUUAGUGACAUAGUAAUAAAACUUCCAUUCAAAUCAACAUACUUCGAGGUAUACUUUGUAGAUAUCGUUGAGAAUAAUAAUAAAUAAGUGGAUAGUAAUUGUGGAUCAGGAAGGAAGUACGGGAUUCAAAGCGCAGUGAUCGUGAGCCUACGAGGUUCUUUUCUAAAAUCUUGUUAAACGAGCGUCGCGUCUAACGACCACCGACGAUCGAUUACGCAAGAUGACCAUUCUGUCGAAGAAGAAGACGAACGCCUCAAAAGAUAGACGAGAAGGAGGCAGCACUUCCGAAGUCGAUGUUCACGGAGUGCAAAACGAGCAUAACUCCGGAUCCAUCACACUACCUAAUAGUCCAUAUCAGGUACGUGCAGCGAACGGUUUCGCGGUCGAUCUACACGGGGUUCAGACCGAUCAUGGAUCUGGUUCUAUCGUUCUUACAGGAAGCUCGUAUGAGUAUUUUUUUAGUGGUUGCAUUGGAAGAAAUUCACGUUCGAAACGUGAAAGAGAAAGAGACAGAGGUCGAGAAAGAGAUAGAGAGAGAGAAAGAGAACGUGAAAGACAAGCUACACCUCCUGCUGCAUCUUGCAGUGGCUUACAAACUACAGAUGGUGGUGUCAUAGCUAACAAUCGAAUGGCUAUUGUUGGAGCUGCUGCAAAUAUAGAACAUGAAUUAGCUAAUGGUUAUAAUAGUGGUGAUGAAUAUACCGGCAGAACUGGGAACAAUUUAACUCUAGCUGAAUGGCAAGAGCGAGAUAGGUGGUUUGAAAAACGAAUGCGAAAAAUGGGAUUUAUUGUUAAAAAGAUGGGUGAAGAUGGAGCAUGUUUAUUUAGAGCGGUUGCUGAUCAAGUUUAUGGUGAUCAAGAAAUGCAUGGUGUAGUUCGGAAGCAUUGCAUGGAUUAUAUUGCUUCCAAUCAGGAAUUUUUUUCUCAUUUCGUAGCGGAAGAUUUUAGCACAUAUGUAGAUAGGAAACGACAAGAAUAUGUACAUGGAAAUCAUAUAGAGAUGCAAGCAAUGUCUGAAAUGUAUAAUCGUAGCAUUCAAUUAUAUUGCUACAGUACUGAACCAAUUAAUAUUUUCCAUACAAUGGUUGAAAGUGAUAAUGAACCGAUACGAUUGUCUUAUCAACGUGGUAGUCAUUAUAAUAGUAUAGUAGAUCCAUAUAAAGCUACGAUUGGUGUUGGUCUUGGUCUACCAUCAUAUAAUCCUGGAGCUGCAGAUCGACAACUUAUAUCAGAUGCAGUUCGUCAAAGUGAAGAAUUGCAUAUUGAACAAACGAUGCUAGAAGAUAAAAUAAAAGCAACUGACUGGGAAGCAACAAAUGAAGCUAUAGAAGAACAAGUUGCGAGAGAAAGUUAUUUACAAUGGUUAAGGGAUAAUGAGAUGCGAAAAGCUCGAUCAGCUAGUAGCAGCAGUACAAGUACGGUAACAAGUGCGCAACACAGUCACGCGCAUUUUCACUCUCAUGGAGGUCGUGGUCAACAACGUAGCCAUACUUCUUCUCCGACCACGACUCAAACUAGCCAAGAUAAUUUGCGUAAUUCACCAAAAAUAAAUGAUUCGGUAAGAUACAAUAAAAGAUCCCCGCAACACCAAUCAACUCAAGGAUCUACUAUGUCUCAUCUUGCCUCAGAUUUUGAAUCUAAAAUUUCUCAGGAACCCAUGCCAGGUAGUAGUAAAGAAGCUCAUACUUCACCGGAUAUUUCGUUAUUCAAUCGUCUUCCUCCUGAAGUAUUUGGCUUAACUGAUUGGGAAGACAGUGAUAUACUUUCACAAGUUUUGGCUACAUCACAGCAAGAAUACUUGGACAACUUGAAACAAUCACGGAGUUCUGCCUCCUCUGCAAAUGAUACUAAUAAUAUACUAGAUUCCAGUAAUAGUUAAUUUUUUUAAAAUCUUUAUUGAUAAAGUUCAAAUGAAUAAUGAAGUAAAAAUAUAUGCAUUUGUAUGCAGCGUUUUUCAUAGGAUGUGAUAUAUCCGAAAGAUAAGAUAGUUCUAAAUCAAAAAAAUGAAGCAAUUCUUAGUGUUAUCACAUGGUCAUUAAUCAUUGAGAAUUAUUGACAAUUAUGUUGAAUGCAUGCCUAAUAAACUUAAUUAUUAGUUGCAAAUGUGUCAUAUUGA